UCAGACGGAGAAAUAACUGCCCAGAAUUAACGAAUAGCAGACAGCAUUUUUCAAUCUCAGGGCGAAUGAGAAAGAAAGCCGGAGAAAAUAAAAAAUAAACACUGAAAACUGGUAUAAGAGUGAAUCAUUAGGAGGAAAUUGAUGGAAGUAAGGAGAGUAGUGGAAUUGACCACGGUCAGAGUGAAUGGGAAGAAGUGCAGAAUACUAACAGUCUCUCAGAUCUUUUCAUUUAUGCUUGCGAUCGCUGAACAAUGGAGACUGAAAAUCAGGAACAUCAAUUGAUUGUUUACUUCUGUUGCUUUAUGCUGCCAGAGACCUGCCUCUCCCCUACACUCUUAAGUGAAUCCAGGUUUUAUUUACUGUAUAAAAUUGAAGGUUGUAGUUUGGGUGCCCCCAACUAAACUGAACUGAACCUAAUGAGAAUGGAAGCAAUGUUGGAUUAAAAACUGUAAUGGGCUGUGCACUUAUGGGAACCCAGAUACAGUUACUGUCUGAGCAGUGACCCAAACAGACCAUGCUAUGUUCUUCGUUUCAAAGAAAUAACACUAAUGUUAGACUGUGGUUUAUCAACACAAACAGUGCUCAACUUCUUGCCUUUACCAUUAGUUCCCAGUGCAAGACUAAACAAUUUGCCUGGAUGGAUGCCACGUGAUGUUUCUGACCCACAGCUGGAAGGUGAACUUAAAGAAUGUUGUGGUCGAGUUUUUGUGGACUCUGCUCCAGAGUUUUUCCCACCUCAGCCAAAAAUAAUUGACUUCUCAGAAGUAGAUGUCAUCUUGAUAUCCAACUACCUGUGUAUGCUAGCUCUGCCCUUCAUUACAGAAGGAACAGGGUUUGCAGGUGUGGUUUAUGCCACAGAACCCACUCUUCAGAUUGGAAGACUUUUCUUGGAAGAGCUGGUCCAGCACAUAGAGCAGACACCAAAAGCCACACUAGCAAGCCAUUGGAAGGAGCAUCUCCAUGUGUUGCCAUCACCAUUGUGUGACAGUCAGAAGCCACGCAGCUGGAGGCAUAUCUACAACAUGCGUGCUGUCAACAGUAGUCUUGCCAGGAUCCAGAUGGUUGGUUAUAAUGAGAAACUUGAUGUCUAUGGAGCUGUGGGUGUGAUGCCAGUCAGUUCUGGAUACUGUCUUGGCUCUAGCAACUGGGUCAUUUCCUCUCACUAUGAGAAGGUCACAUAUGUUAGUGGCUCCUCCACACUGACAACCCACCCACGACCCAUGGAUCAGACGGCUCUGAAGAAUGCCAAUGUGUUAAUUCUCACUGGUCUGACACAGACUCCAACUGCGAAUCCUGACUCCAUGCUGGGGGAAUUGUGCAUGACUGUGGCUACAACACUGAGGUGUGGUGGUAGUGUCCUCAUUCCUUGCUACCCAUCAGGGGUUGUGUAUGACUUAUUUGAGUGCCUCUCCAGCCACCUUGAUAACUCUGGAAUGGCAACAAUACCCAUGUUUUUCAUAUCACCUGUGGCAGAUACAUCACUAGCAUACUCAAACAUUUUGGCCGAAUGGUUGUCAACAGCAAAGCAGAACAAAGUCUACUUACCUGAAGAACCAUUCCCUCAUGCUUUUCUGGUUCGAAAUGGUCGUUUGAAGCAUUUUAAACACAUCUAUACAGAAGGUUUCAGCACUGACUAUCGUCAGCCAUGUGUAGUUUUCUGUGGGCACCCAAGUCUCAGGUUUGGAGAUGCUGUUCACUUUGUGGAAUUGUGGGGAUCCAGUGCUCUGAACACUAUUGUUUUCACAGAGCCAGAUUUUCCAUACCUGGAAGCGCUGGCCCCAUUCCAACCUCUUGCAAUGAAGGCAGUUCACUGUCCCAUUGACACCAGCCUCAAUUUCACACAGGCUAACAAACUGAUAAGGGAUCUCAGGCCUGGCACACUGGUUCUACCUGAAUCAUACACCCUACCACCUGUGACAGCACCUCAUCGAAUUGAUUUGGUAGUAGAAACAGACCGACCUAUCAUAUCAUUCAAACGAGAUGAGGUUCUCACACUCCCUCUCAAGAGAAGGCAAGGAAGGGUUGAACUGAGUCCAGAGUUGGCUGAGUUCCUCCUCCCCAGUGAAGUGCGGACUGGAGUUUCACUGUCAACACUGACUGGGGGCCUUCAGGUCAAGGAUAACAAGCACAUCCUCAAGGUUUUAGAAGUCGGAGAACCAAAAGCUGUUAGCACAGUGGGUAAGAAGCGAAUUCGUCUUGUGGAAGAUAUUUUGAACAAGAAACCAAGUAAUUACACGUGGGGAUCACUCGAUAUUGAUGAAUUCAUCCAGAAGAUUACCCAGGAAGGGAUCACUGAUGCCAAGGUGGAGCAGGUUGCCAGUGGCUACAUCAUUCAUCUGCAAAAUGAAGACACACUGAUUCAGGUGGAAGACUCGUCAACACAUAUUUUCUGUGAGGGUGACGAGCAACUCCGUCUUCGACUGCGUAACAUUCUCCUCCAGUGCCUCAACAAGUUCUAAUAUGUGCAGAAAUUAAAUGUAUUUUUAUUUUAUACAAAUAAAUUAUUAUUUUUGCUGUUAUCAUUAUUGAUA